AAUACACAUCCACACAUAUACUUGAAGUAAAUUAAACGCUGCGUCACAUCAGCGUUCAGAACGCAGUUAAUUAAUUUAAUAUCAGAACAAGAUGGAUUUUCAAAAUAAGGCAGUUUUGUCGAUUCGAGUUCCGCUUGACAGCAGCUGCGUUCUGCGAGAGGUGCUUUUCGGCUCGGCAGGCGCGGUGCAAGAUCUGCGCUCGGCUGUGGCAAGAGAAACAGCGAUGGAUGCCGACACAAUAAACCUCAUCUUCCGCGGGCUGAUCAUGCGGGACGGAAAGGCAGUGUCCUCGUACGGAUUUCGGUCGGGCGAUCUGAUCCACGUCUUCGCCAAGAAGCAGCCGAUGGAGACCGCAGCCAACAAAACACACGUGAGUGACGAGGAUGCGAGCAGGAUUGCUCUCUCGUUGAAGUCCCUUAAACAAACUAUUGUGAGGCUUGGAAAGUCAGACACGUCGCUGGUGGAGAGGUUGACAGCCGCGAUCCCAUCUUUGAACGACGACCCUGUCGCUUUGUCGAUCCUGCGAGAACCCGACCUGGUCGCCCACCUAGCGGACACGGAAGUGUUGAAGAAGGCGCGACACAGCCACCCGCGGCUGGUCGAGGCCGCCGAGUAUCUGGCCGCGCACCUCACCGAGUUCAGCAAGAAUGAGGCCAGCAACUCAGACGAUAUGGAGACAGACGACUCGCCCAGGCAGCAGCCGCAGGCCCCACAGCGGCCCAUCACGGGCAACCAGCUGGCCGCCGCCCUCGCCUCAGCCAUCUCAGGCGUGAGCAGAGCCCGACAGACGCCACCACAGAGGCUGUUUACACCCGAGAUGCUUAACUCGGCCCUGGCGCAGGCCUUCCAAUCCGUUCCCUCCCUGGCCAGUAGCCCAGCUGCCCCCAGUGCUGUCCCUGCUGUCACGCCGGGUCCUUCAGUGGAGCAGUGGACGCAACAGUUGCAGCAGAUGCGAGAGGUUGGCCUGAUGGAUGACAAUCUCAACAGACAAAUGCUGGAGAUCACAAACGGAGACGUUCAGGCAGCUAUUGAUCUGGUUAUUCAGAGUCAGCAGAAUUAGGAAACUAAAAUAGUCACUGGUUACAUUUCAAUGUUCA